AUGGAGGGCGAGGUCAUGCAGGCCCCUGAUUGUGCAGACGAUGUGCUCUCGUACAUAAGUCCAACUGGAUACUCAUAUUAUGCAAUUGCCACCGACUUGACCCCAGCGUUCUACAAGAACCUUGUUGAUCGUUGUUGGAGGCGUUCCGGGACGCUUUUGUAUCGACCCAACCAGAGGCUAGCAUGUUGCCCACACUAUACGCUGCGUCUUGACGCCUAUGAAUGCAAGCCUACCAAGGACCAACGCCAGGCAGUCAACCGUUUCAACCGCUACGUCCUCGGCGAUGCCUACAUCAAAGAGGUAGCUCGCUUGCAUCCUCGAUCUCGCGAGGAGGCCAGGAAGCGUGAUACUGUUUUUAACCUCGUAGAGCGGAUACACGAGGCCGAACUCGAUGCUUUACCUUCGGGCUCCGCUCCGGCACACAGGUUUACCGUGACCCUUGAAACGGACGAGUUCACGGAGGAAAAGUAUGCUGUUUUUGAGAACUACCAGCAGGUCGUGCACAAUGAACCUUCUCAUCGGGUCAGUCGCACCGGCUUUAAAAGGUUUCUCUGUGACUCGCCCCUGCAGCGAAGCACCGUGACGACGGCUGAAGGCUAUGUGCGUAAGCUGGGAUCCUAUCAUCAGUGUUACCGACUUGACGGGAAGCUUGUUGCGAUCGGGGUCCUGGAUCUCCUCCCCGACUGCGUCAGCGCUGUAUACUUUUUGUACCACGAGUCGAUCCACAAGCACAGCCCCGGGAAGCUAGGUGCCCUACGAGAGAUCGCCCUGGCCAUUGAGGGCGGAUACCGGUAUUGGUAUUCGGGCUAUUACAUUCACACAUGCCCAAAGAUGCAGUACAAAAACGAUUACUCACCCCAGUACAUCCUGGACCCGCAAACCCUGUCUUGGCACCAUCUGGGCGAGAGCGAAAUGCGCAUAUUCGAUAGGAAUGGCUAUGCGAGAUUCUCCAGGCUGGAACAGACAGGUGGCGGAGAUAAUGGACCAUCACCAGAUAGCAAGUCAACCGAGGCCGGCCCAAGAACAGAUGAGGAAGGUGGUGCCCCCACGGACGAAGAUGAUUCCAUGUAUGAAUUCCUCUUGAGGAGUGACAUGCCAGGUAUCCCCAAACUGGAGGAAAUGGUGUCGCUGGACAUGGACAAUCUCGCCAUUGCUGUUAAUGGAUACGAUCAGCUAUUCAAGGCAUCCAACCUUGCAGUUUGGGCAAAGCAGAGCGUCCUAGACUUUCCAGCACUCAAGUCAAAGAUAGCAGAGCUUGUGGCAGCUAUUGGCCCCGACCUGAUGGACAAAUUUUGCGUUGACUUUCGGAGGCGGUAG